AAACCAGAGUUUGCUGCGGAGGGUAAGGUGCGUAGCUUAGGUUUUCCGCCAUGUUUCCACUUGCGUGGAAGAGGAAAGGGCAAGUUUGAAAUCAAGAAGAGGAAGGAGUAGAAUAAUUUGGGAGCACUCCUGAAUGGGUGGUGACCCACAUUUGUAAUCCACUUUGCUGCUGCAUAUUCCGUAGCUUCUUCCACGGUUGCUGAAUCCGCCAUUGAGAUACCCCAUGACAUGCUGCAAUAGCACAUCUUGAAUGCACACGUGUGUUGUUGUUGCACUGAUCCAUGUAGCGGAGAAAGUGGGUUUAGAAUUUUGAGAGGCCACGGGAGGUGCAUUGGUUGUGCAGAGGUUUAUUCGAGGAGCGUUUGCAGGGGUGCUGGACCGAGGGAGGGUGUGACCUGAACUCUGGGGUGGAAACGUCGGUGAGAUAUCAAACAUGAAUGUUACGGAAAAUGUGACAGAGCCUGGAGGUGAACAAGAUAGGCCCCGUGAUGACGAGAUCCAGGCGUUUCAUAACCGAAUUAGGGCUGCUGAUGCGGAUAAGCUUGAACUUGUGGGUGACAAGGGCUGGUCGUCUGGCUGCCCUCGAUGUCAUCGCUAAACAAAGUAUUGAAGUUGGUGUCCCUCAGAGAUUCCUUGUGCUCCCUCUCAUUGCAGGAGCCACUUUCUGUUCUCGAAGAAGAAUAUAAAGCUGGCAGCCCUGUUUUUCUUGCCAAACUCCUGAUAUUGAAACAAAGCUAUGGUGCAAUUAGGCGUGCUCGUGGUGAUGGCAACUGUUUUUUCCGAAGUUUUAUGUUCUCUUACUUGGAGCAUUUGUUAGUUAUACAAGAUGAGGCAGAGGUUGCACGUAUGGAGAAGGCUAUUGAAAUUUGCAAGAAGACCCUGAUUGAUCUUGGUCAAGCUGAAUUCACAUUUGAGGAUUAUCUGGCUAUCUUUGUUGAGCAAUUGCAUGGUGUCAUUCAAGGCAAAGAGACUUCAACGAGUCUUGAGACACUUGUGGAACGCUGCAGAGACCAGUACGUUUCCAAUUGUGUGGUGAUGUUUUUCAGGUUUGUGACGUCUGGUGAAAUACGCCGGCGCUCGGAAUUUUUUGAACCAUUCAUUCAGGGUAUGAGCAACAUGAGUGUUGUGCAGUUUUGUCGGUCAUGUGUGGAGCCUAUGGGCGAGGAAAGUGAUCAUGUUCACAUAAUUGCUCUGUCAGAUGCUUUGGGGGUACCUGUACGUGUGGUGUACCUUGACCAAAGUGGGGACAUGAAUGACAAACCUGUGACAGUUAACAAGCACGACUUUAUUCCGGAAGGAAUGAAUACGGCUGUAGAUCCUGAUGUGAUCCUUCUUUACCGUCCAGGUCACUACGAUAUUUUGUACCGUAGAGGUAAUUCUGGAAAUGUAAAACACACCAGUUUGGAAGAGAGCAACGUAGAACACUUCUAAACAGAGAUCAAUUUAAAUGUGGUUCAUUAGAGGUUUUUCCAACUGAUUCACCACGGGAUUUACAAUAGUUAAACAAGGUUUGGCUUAAGCCAUUCUCUCACUUGAGAGCUUGAUUACCCAGUACUAUGUACCUACAGCAGCUAAUUCCGUCUGUUGUGGAACUAACAAUAUUAUCACCGACGUGGUGAUUAAGUCAAAAAGUGGAAUUGAACUCCGAAGCUUUCAGGUGAUGUCCCAGAAUUUUGAGAAUAAACUCGGGGUAUCUAUCUCUUACGUUGGUUGGUUGAGUCACAUAGAAGCUCGCAAAAGUUGCGUCACCAUUUCAACUAUUCAGUAAAUGUUAGCUUUCGGUUGUUUUA